AGCCGGAAGCUGGCCGGAAGCGGUGCGGCCGCCAUGGCGCCCGCGUCGCGGUCGCGGAGCCCACAGGCCACCAGCCCAGAGCGCCGCGGGCGCAGGUCCCGGUCCCGAUCCCGAUCUCGAUCUCGGUCCCGCGAGCGCAAUGGCCUGAAGCGGCCGGGCCGGCGCCGCAGCCGCUCCCGCACCCCCGUGCCGCGCGCCGCCGCCCACCACGGCCACCACCACGGCAAGGGCUGGCCCGAGUACUACGAGAAGGAGAAGGAGGAGAUCCUGCGGCAGAGGAGGCUCAAUGAGAGAGAGAGAAUUGGAGAACUGGGGGCACCUGAAGUUUGGGGGCUAUCGCCAAAGGUUCCAGACCCCGAUUCCGAUGAGCAUACACCGGUAGAAGAUGAAGAGGCAAAAUCUAAGAGCAGUUCUUCAGAUUCCAGCUCAGAAGAAGAAAAAAAGAAAAAAAAGAAGAAAAGAAAGAAGAAAAGGCAAAAGGCAUCUAAAAGAAAACGCAGGAAGCAUUCUGAGGACAGCGACAGCGAGUCGGAGUCCGAGCAGAACUCCAGUGAUGAAGAUAAAAAGAAAAGCAAGAAGAAGAAAAAGAAGAACAGAAAGAAGAAGUAUAAGAAAAAGAAAAAUAAGAAGAACAGGAAGGAGUCCAGUGAUUCAAGUAGUGAAGAUUCAGAUGACGAAACAUUGCAAGGGGAAGAUCUCUGGAUUGAGAGAUCAAAAAAUACAGAAGCUGAUAGCUUGAUUGGACCAGAAGCUCCCAAAACUCAUGCGUCCCAGGAUGAUAGGCCUCUGAACUAUGGACAUGCCCUCUUGCCCGGUGAAGGUGCAGCAAUGGCAGAGUACGUAAAAGCAGGAAAACGUAUACCCCGGAGAGGUGAAAUUGGCUUGACCAGUGAAGAGAUCGCAUCAUUUGAGAGCUCUGGCUAUGUCAUGAGUGGCAGCAGACAUCGCCGAAUGGAAGCUGUGCGUCUGCGUAAAGAGAACCAGAUUUACAGCGCAGAUGAGAAGAGAGCUCUGGCAUCUUUUAACCAGGAGGAGAGGAGGAAACGAGAGAAUAAGAUCCUUGCAAGCUUUCGGGAGAUGGUUUACAGAAAGACUAAGGGAAAAGAGGAAAAAUAAUUCUUUAUUUGAACUGCACAUCAUAGAUUGUACCAAGCAGCAGCUGACCUGUUCCAGUCAUGAUCUGAAAAAAGCUGCAAGUGCUGCAGUACUUUUCAGCCAACAGGGCUGAGCCUCAGGAGUGGGAUAUUUGUGUCGAGGACACAGAGUUACUUCUGUCAGAUUUUCUUGGAUGAUUUGUUCACCGUCUACAAAGAAUACUUGUAAAGUGAAAGGCUGCAAGGCAAGAAAGGCAGGAACAGGCAGGGAAGGUUAGAGGUGGUAAUGUUCUAUGCUUCCUUUGAAUGGGACAAGCAGGAGGAUUCUGUGGAAGACCUUUCCUCCCUGAUGCUGAUAAAUGCACUUUUCCAUUUAUUUUGAUUAAUGAGAGCAGACUGGCUGUCAGCAGCAAGCUGCCAGGAGCAGCAGCAAAAAUGAAGGAGCUCUUAAGUUCCUGUUUCAGAUCCAAGACUGUCCACUUAGGUAUUUUUCCAAAGUCUUCUAUGUUUUUCUCAAAAUAGUUGAGGUUGAUUUGGGCUUCAAACUAGACUUGUAAAUAGAAAUUAUCUUGUAAUUUAAUACAGAUGGGCUUCAGUUAUUUUAAAGCAAACAGAUGGCUGUCAGGGUCUAAAGUAACAGUUAGAAUGAUAUGAGGGUCUGAUAAGCUUCAGUCCUCCAAGGCCUGUGGUGGGGAACUACAUUGCUUGCUUCUUUUUCUCCUAUGUUAUACAUAGGUGUUGGAGCAGUGGGGUGACUCGUAGUUUUGUCAGCAGAGAUGUCUUGUAUGUUUGUAUAAAUAAAAUAAAAGUCCCAUAACAUUUGUCCUG